CAGGCAUCGGCGAGUGCAGCGCCAUGACGUCUCUUUUAAUAAUUCUGUUUGGAGCACCAUUAUUAUUUUCCGUCGAAAUGAGAAAUUUUGGAUUUAUCUGAAAUAUUAGGCUGAAACUAAACUCUCUGGGGAAUAUUUUAAUGGCCUUUCAUUGCGCUUUCAAUUUUUAUAAACGUUCGGUAUUAAAUUACCAAAAAAGAACAAAUUUUGAAAGCAAAUUGAAAGAAGGAAGCAAGACAUCUUGAAAGGUUGACAAGCGGCGAUUUGGUGCACACUGGUUGAGUAGCUUAGAAAAUAUUUAUAAAAUAAACUUUUUCGCACAAUAUAUAUAUUUGUGUUCUAGACUCUUUUAAGGGAAUACUAUAGCUUCGAGCAUACUCCAACCUUGGGACAGGCGAUCAUAGAUCUGUUAUUUUAAAAAAUCAAAAAAAUGCGAUUUGUGUACAUUUCAUUGACUGGUUCGAUUGUUUAGUCAGAUGUUUUAGAUAAAUUACACAUGCUACUGAGUAAACAAACAUUCGGCAUUGGUGCUACUCAAGUAAUUAAACAUUUAAGACAAUCGAAAAUCGUUUUCGAAUUUCUUAAUUUAACUGAGCUAUAAAACAAUCACAUUUCUUCCGUCCACCAAACAAUCAGAAAUGCAGCCGAGAGUUUUCGAAAUGCUUAAAUUCUUGUUUGACACAUUUUGACAUAAUGUUUUAAAAGCGAGACAGUUUCAGUGCUUAAUGAAUGAUUUACUGACUGGGCUUCGUUCCAAAUUUCGGAAAUAUUUAUUUGGCAUAAUAGGGCUUGUAGUCUAAGCGACUUUGAAUUUUACAAAUAAUAUGCCUGUGAACCGUGCAGGUGUUUUAUUUGUAUUUUCACCGAAUUUCGUUCGAUUUUCAUUUGGCAAACGCUAAUGAACAAAUCGCAGAAUGCCCCCGAAGGGCAUGCAGGUAAUGUUUAUCUCCACCCACUACCCAAUGAGCUCACAUUUAAUACGUGGUCGGAGGUAAACACGCACACGAAUCCUAUCUGCCGAUAUGUCUAAUAGGAAAUUGGCCAGAAGCGGCUAGCUAUUUGAGUUUACCUCUGUUCUCCAGAUCUGGUGGUGUAGCGUAAUACUAGAACGGCCGGACUUGUAUAAAAUAAACAGGCAAAGGUACAAUAAAUUGAGGCAAACUUAUUUGUGUGUGUGUGCGGGCAACAAAAGUACAAGAAAACACAAAUAUCGAACACAAUGGAAACAAUAAUGUGCGAAACGAUUGGAAAUGCGCCACAGUCGCUGACGCUGUCCCACCGACGUUGCCCUCUCUGUCUCUGUCUCAGUCUCAGUCUAUAUCUCUAUAUCUCUGGGCCAGUCCGGUCAGCGUCCGAUUCUCAGUCAGAAGCAGCCGGCUAGCCGGAGGGCCAACAACAAGUAGCAGGCGCGAAAUGGCAAUCGAUUGGCAUUAUCGAAACAGUCGCCUGAAAUUUUAAAAACGUAUCGAAUAUAAUUUUUCUGUUUUGGUGGUUGUAAAGAUAUAAGUUGUGAAAAAAUCGUGUAGGUAAAAGGAUCACCACACGUUGCAAAUCGUUUAGAAUCAUUGAAAGGGUCGGACAAGUUCUUAAUGUCUCAGAUUCCAAAGAGAAUAUUUUUUCAGUGCGGUACUGACAGUUUUUUAUAAUUUAAUCGAAAUAAUCGUAUAGAAAUGCAAAGUUAUCGAUAAUGAUCUCCAUAAUUGUUGUGUUAAUCACACAGUAUUAAGAGUGCGGCAAGCUUAUUAGGCUUUUGAAAAUUCCAACGUUGUGUAUCCGAGCAGGUGACAAGUGUUAAAGUGCAAUGUGCUAAUUAUGUCACACAGGGCGUAUGCGUGAUGUUGAAAGCCAAUAGCAAGUGAAAGCCAAAGUAAAAGGUGCAAACGGGAAACAGAAAUUCGAAAAGAAGAAGGUGACAAGGAAAAGGUCUAACGGCCAUACAAUACUUGUUGAAUUAUUAGCUGUGCGAGUGUGUGUGUUUGAGUGCGAUUGGGGAAACAAACAAAUGUCAACUGCCAAUGCCCCAAGAGUGUAAAAAGAAAGAUGUGAAAAAUACGAGCCGAGUCUCGAGGGAAAUCCGUGAAAAAACGAAAAUGAAGUGUCAGCGAUUUGGGAUGAAAUUAUCAAUUGGCCAAGCUGCUGCUGAAAUGUGAUUUAGCCACCUGCCUGCGGGUAAGGUGUUCGUGUGCGUGUAGACAACAAAGGGAAAUAAUGUCAUGCAUUGGCUCGACGGAAUUUCUUUGGAUGACAAUUUAAUUAGCGGACGCGCCAGCGGCAGCAACGGCGACAACAGCGACGGCAAUCAGCGGAAAUCAACGCAGUCGAGCUCAUCGCCCACCAAAGCAAAACGAAGACGUCAUGCACACUAUAAGCUAAACAGCAGAUUGGACAGAAAGUCAUCGCGGGGCAUGAUAUACGAAAAUGAGGAGCUCAGGCUGCGCACCAUUAAUAUUAAUGCAGAAGUGGAACGAGGGCAAUCGGACAUCAAGCGCCUGCGGCGGGAAAACGAGCAACUGCGUCGGGAAAUCUGGACUUUGCGGGAUGAGUGCGAUAGACUCAACAAACGCUUUAAGGCCAAGCUCAGCGAGCACGAGUUCGGGGGAUGCAGGGGCAGCGGGGGGAGUGGCGGCACCUGUCACGGAUACCGCUGUAGCGGCGGAGGCGGUGGGCGUGGGAGCGGCGGUUGUGAUGUAAACAGUGAUGACUCUGACUCAUGUGAUACGUGUCGGGGGGCGGAUGAUGGCCACUGCAGCGACGAGUGUUGCCAGGAGGGUGGUUCCUGCGCGCCGCCCAAGCCGCCACUUCCGCCGGAGGUUCCCAGCCAUCCAUCUCCAUCCAAGAACGAAGAGAACGGCGGCCAGAACAAGGAGCAGCAGCCCAUGCACUUCGAUCACCUCUCCGUGGUUUCCGAGGAGACGCUGAGUAAUCCGGAGCUGAUGCUCGCCCAGCAGCAGGAGCACCUGACGAUCUGCCCGCCAGACCCCAACGGAUCGCAGAGCACCCUCCCCAGCAUCAUGGGUCCGCUCACCCCGCUGACGCCCAUCGAACUGGUGGCCAACCAGCUGAACGACCUGCAGGCGAUGGUGCCCCCAUUGUCCUACUUCGAGAAUAUCCUGACGCAGCAUAUGGGCGCACGAAAUGCGGCCCAAACCCCAUCGCCGGAGUUGGGGACCAGCUCGAGCACCACCACGGGAAAGACAAUGCGCCACACGAACGGGUGGGACUACAACCUGCAGUCGCCCUUCACUCAGCGCAAGUACUCAGAGCUCUCGUCACCGUCCCGCUCGCCACCGCCACCGGUGAGCACGAUGACCACCUUCGUGCCCACGUCCACCAUGCAGACGAUGCCCAGGAUCGCCCUGAAUGCGCCGCCGCAGCAUCCGGAAGGUGGCGACAUCGAAACGGUGGCCAUCACCACGAAUGCCACGCAACACGCACUCCACAGUCCCAAGCACUUCUUUGCGCCGAUCAAGCCGCGUUUGAAGCUCAACACCAAGUUGGCCAACCAGGGACAGGAUCAGGAACAGGAGGACCUUCCGCCGGGCUCCCCGCCGCCGCCACUAAGAGAUCCUCCAGAUAUUUUCGUAAACAACGCCCUGGCAUCACCUUAUCAGCGACGGGUCUCCCCACAAACGGAUUCGGCCAAUUUGGAGUCGAUUUUGAACGACAUCGAGACUAUUUCGGAGGACAUAUUGGCCAUUCAGCUGGAGAAGAGCAAGUCGCGUGACAACCUGAGCAACAACAAAAACAAGGACGACGAUCGGGCGAAGAAACCGUAUCGCUCCGAGAUGAAUCUAUAUCUGCAGUACGAUGGCACAAAUCCGACCAUUUCACCCGCCGCAACGGAAACGGAAGUGGGAACGGCCACGCCGGCGGUGACCUCGUCCAGUGAGUCGGGAAACAGUGGGAGCACCAAGCUAGUGAGACGCACCAGAUCCUUGGAGAGGGAGCACACCAACAGUCCUGCACCUACCAUUCCGGAUCCCAUGGCUCCGUUUCCCGACAAGUGCACCUACCUGGGAUUCGACCAGGUGAAUCAGGCGGCAAACAGUGCAGGAGCGCCUCCCCAGUCGCCAAACGGCCCAAGGCCACCCAUUGCUGCCAAGCCGAAUGUGCCGCUCAAGCCACCGCCACCGCUGCCGCCCGCCCGCAGGCCAACCAUGCCCACUGAGCCUCCGCCCCCGCCGCCCACCACUUCCGCAUCCGGAGUAAUCGGCGUCGCGCCCAACAAGAGUCACCUGUACAAGUCACUCGCCUCGGCGGCGGCCAAGAGGGCCAUCUUUCGCUCCUCGCCAUCCCAGCUCACCAGGUCCUUGGACGUGGAUCUGACGGGAGCGGAGGGAGAGGCAGGCGCGGACCAGGCAGCUGCUGCAAAUAUGGACGAAUUGGCGCGGCGAAAGGCGCGACGUGUGUCUAUCGUCUGUGGAUCCGGUCAAGUGGCCCAGCAGGAGGAGGUGUCGACGCCAGUUGCGACAUUGCCCACGGCCACCGCCAGCUGCGUGGACCUGAGCACGGUGCUCACCCACCCGAGCAUCAAGGCCUUCAAGAUGAGUCACAGCACCCCAAACUCGCCGCAUUCCUCGCGUCGUCGCACCAACAGCAACUCCAUGGCACCUCCGCCGGGGGCGCCUACGGGUGGUGGGGGACACGCCGAGCUUGGAUCCACAGCAUCGGCACCGCCAAGCACCACCCACCAUCACCACCAUCGCAAGGAGGGCAGCGAUCCGGUUCCCAUGACAGCCACUGUCAGUCGAACGAAAUGCUCAAGGCGCCACUCCGAGGGCACCGUUCACACCGCUCACCGGAACAGUUCCGCCAGCGGAGGAGGAGGAGGAGGCGGUCACCACCACCACCACAGCCACCACCACCCACACAGCGGGAUGGUGAUCAGCAGCAACCCGCACCACAGCCACCAUUCCCACCAGGACAGCAACCACGAGACGGUCACCUCGCUGUCCGAUCGCAACUCCAACAGCUUCGCCUCCUCCAGAGAAUCCUCCACGAGCUUCAGCAUGCGCUCCAACCGCCGGAAGAUCUCUGUCAGCUCCCACACGGGCGGCAAGAUCCCGUGGUGCGGCUGCUGGGGCAACGGGUGCCUGUAGAUUGAGGGAGAGCCAUCCCAUCUACCGUCCAGGAACCAAACUCAGUAUAGUUCACUUGGCUGCUGCUCAACUAGUUUAACCAAUCAAUUACAAUUAAGAACUUUUGUUUAAAAAGACUUGCCAAAAAUAAAACUGAAUGCAUUUCUACAUUUCCGAAAAUAAUGAUAGCGAAUGAAAACAGUCAAAAGAAGUUAUUUUUGCUUCGAGAAUAAAAUAAGAAAAAUGUUA